AACAACACAAAUCUCAUCGUGACCCUAAUGGCUCGUAACACGAAAUCUCUGUGGGAGCGCGCGCUUCAUUAAAAUCGUUAGCGCAGUAAAAAACGCGUUCAUUAAAGGGAGCGCGCGGCCGCCAGGGGGCGAUGAACAGAGUCGGUGUCGUUUGUGAGGACGCAGCUGAAGCUGCAGAGCAAAACAAAGAUGGAAGAAGAAGUGACGGAGUGAUGGAUCUGCUGAGAGGCGCUCUGACGCUGCUGUCUGCCGCCCUCAUCAUCCUCACCUUCCCCUUCACUGCCUGGAUGUGUGCCAAGGUGGUUCUGGAGUAUGAGAGAGCGGUCAUCUUCAGACUGGGACGCAUCGUUAAAGGACGACCCAAAGGACCGGGUCUGUUCUGGUUCAUUCCCUGGUUGGACAACAUUCAGAUCGUUGACCUACGAACAGUGUCCUUUAAUGUCCAACAACAGGAGGUGCUGACAGCGGACGGCGUCUCGUUACAGGUGGACGCCGUCAUGUUUUACCGGGUGGUGGAUCCGUCUCUGUGGGUGACGCGUGUGCAGGACGGCGACGAGGCCAUGCACACGCUCGCCCAGACCACUCUGAGGGCGGCGCUCGGAGCGCACACGCUGACGGAAGUGCUGGCACAGCGGAGAUACAUUUUACAGAGGAUGAGGGUGGCGCUGUACACCACCACCAGAGUGUGGGGCGUUCAGGUGCAGAGGGUGGAGCUGAAGGACAUGAGGCUGCCUGUGAGUCAACGCUGUCUGUCUGCUGAGGCUGAGGCUGUGAGGACGUCCAGAGCCAAGUUGAUCGCAGCUGAAGGGGAAGUGAAGGCGUCUCACGCUUUAUCAGACGCGGCAUCAGGGUUGUCCCCCGUGGCUUUCCACCUCAGAUACCUGCAGUCUCUGUCCUCGGUGUCUAGCAGCUCGUCCAUCGUGGUCUUCACUCUGCCCACUGAGCUCCUGCAGGCCUUCUCUCAUCAGUCCUAAAAACACACAUGUGUGCGCGCACACACGCACUGAGCUGAAAAACCAAAGAAACACUUACAUUAACACGAGCUGCUUAUGUGUAUCUGCUUUUAAGUAGACGGCUGACAAAUUGCUUUAACUAUCUGUAUUCUGUCAAAAUAACUACAUUUGUGAUUGUAUGUAAAUAUACUUCAUAUUUUACUCUC